AUAAGAUACUUUGCAACAGUCGUAGCUGCAAAGAGAGAUGGAAAAAUUUGAAGAAAUAAGCCAAACAGAGGCCCUUUCGAAGUACAAACAUUACAAACAUGCUGCACAUGCUAUGCUUGCAGCUGACGACCCAGGCACAACCUUUGGUUGUAAAAGAAACGCUGUUAUAAUGAUGCAAAUGAGAUUUGACGGUUGUAUAGGAUUUGUUGGUGGUCUAAUUGAUCCCGAAGAUGAUAAUCCAGUUGAUGGUUUGAAUAGAGAGUGUGUAGAAGAAAUAGCGUUAGAUUUAGAUAAAGUGAAGUUUGAAAAAGAGAAUUUUUUACUAUGUCACAUUGUUCACGAUUAUAAAUUGGUUCUUCACUUUUAUGGAAAGAAAAUACCAUUAAAACUCUUUUACGAAAUUGAGAAGAGAGCCGUUCUCGAAGCUGAAGAAUGGGGCAACGAGACGCUUGGCUUAAUAAGAGUACCUCUUAGUCUUUUUGAACAAGGAGAUAUUAACAAGAGAUUUAAAGCUUUUCUAAAACACAACUUUGCUGGAAAUGCAAAACGCCAAUUGCUUACCGGGAUGAAAAUGAUUAAUGUUGUUCCUGAAGACUAUAGAACAUAUUCUAAUAAAGGAUUUAUAGGACAACUUGUCGAAAAUAUUAAAAAUGACUUUUCAAAAAGCAAGGAAAUGAAGGAAAAUCUUAAAAAGUUCCGGGAAGAAGCUGAAAGACUAGAGCAAUCUGAUGCUUUGAAAAGAGCUAGAGAAAAAUAUGAAGCCAUUGAGAGUGAAACAUCAAAAGGAUCCGAGAUACUAAAAGAGAAGUUAGAAUUUUUAAAAGAUAAGGCGAAAAAGACCAUUGAAGAUAUUGAAAGAACUGAUGCAGUUAGAAAAAGUUUUAAGUUAAGUAAAGGCGUUGCAAGUACAGCUUCGAAACUGGGACAUAGUGUAGCCAAAGGAGGUGAACAACUAGGGCAAACAACCUUAUUUAAAAGUGUUUCAGAGAGUGUUAAAGUUGUUAAAGACGAGUUAAAUGACGCAACUUUAGAUAGAGGUAGAUUAUAUAGCGUACCAAAAUCAUUAAGAAUGAGAUCAGAUGAAAAUUUCAAUUCAACAAGAAAAGUUAUUGAUGUUAACGAAGAUGCAACUGGUAUUGUAAUGCAUAGAGAUUCGAAAUUCUUUCAAUCGUGGCAAAAUUUUAAAGACAAUAACCAAUUUGUGACAAAAAUGUUCGAUAUUAAAACGAAAUAUGAUGAAAGUGACAACGUUUUCGUAAGAGCAACUAGAUCCAUUACAGACAAAAUGUCGGAUUUAUUUGGUAAUGUAUUCUCCAAAACUGAGAUGUCUGAAGUUUUAACCGAAAUCACUAAAAUGGAUCCGAAUUUUGAUCAAAUUCAAUUUUUAAGAGACUGCGAAAGAGAUAUAAUUCCAAAUGUUUUGGAAGCUAUUGUUAGAGGAGAUUUAAAAGUUCUAGAAGAUUGGUGUCACGAAGGAGUUUUCAAUACAAUUGCUCAUCCACUGAAAGAAGCUAAAAAGAAGGGUUACACUAUGGAUAACAAAGUAUUGGACAUCGGACAAGUUGACAUAGCUGCUGGUAAGAUGAUGGAACAAGGCCCCGUUUUAGUUGUUACAUUCUACGCUCAACAGAUACUUACUGUAAGAGAUGCAAAGGGAUUUGUUGUUGAAGGAGAUGCGGAUAAAGUUAUGAGAGUUAUGCACGUUUGGGCUUUAUGUAGAGAUCAAGCCAUACUUGAUCCAAAGGCUGCUUGGAGAGUUAUUGAUUUAUCAAUCAUGCCUCAGGAACAAUGGCUAUAG